UAUGAAGACAGACUAUCCCACCUCCUCACUUCCUCAGUACCAAAAUGCCCACCUCAGUAAUCAGAUGCAGUUGACUGUCUGACAACACAAUAAAUUGUGCAAAUAAAUAAAUAAAUCAUUGACAAUCGUAUCGCCCGCAAAUGGCGUCGACAGAGAGUGAAAUAGUGGCUGUGACCGGGGAUAUUGAUAAAUUAACAGUGUCCAAUAGCCAGUCAACAGUGAAAACUAAUGUUCCACCUGACACCCUGGGAUUUCAGCCACAUCUCUCGGGAUUUGAGAUCCGCGAGCUCUACAAAAUAGCCCUGAAUUUUUACAAAGAGAAAGAAGGUAAAGCAGUGCAUUUGUCUUACGAGGACAAGUUGAAAUUGGUAGCAUUUACCCAGCAAGCGACUCAUGGCAAAUGUACACCGGAUAAUUCACCAGAACUGGGGGUGUUGGAUGUCAUUGGGAAGGACAGACGAUUGGCAUGGCAGAACUUGGGGGACAUAACGAGGGAGGAAGCGAUGGAGGGGUUCAUUAUUUUGCUGGACAAACUGUGUCCCCUGUUCAGAACAGUAGUCGAAGCACAGAAGCGAAACAUCGAGGAGCAAGAGCGUCGGAAAAAGGAGGAGGAAAUCAAGAGGAUCGAGGAGGAGAAGAGGCAGAGAGAACUUGAGGAGGAGAAGAAGAGGGAGGAGGAGGAGCUGCAGAAGAGGGAGCAUCAGAGGAGGCAGAUUCAGGAGGCUCUCAAUCAGCAGACUUAUCAUCAGUUCAAGGCUUAUGCAGAACAGCAGUAUCCUGGCAAUCCUGAGCAACAGGGAGUGCUGAUCAGGCAGUUGCAGGAGCAACAUUAUCACAGGUAUAUGCAACAGUUGCACCAGAAUCGACUGAUGAUUGAGGAAACUAACGAGAGUGAGAAGAAGGAGAUCGAUGAGACUGAUGAGGAGGAGAAGAAGUCUGAGGGUAAGGAGGAGGAGGUCAAUGAGGAGAAGAAGGACAAGGGACGGAGUGAGGAGGAGGAUGACUCGGAUGGUGAGCCCGAUUGGCCACCCAUUGAAACACCCAAGAUGUGGACCAGACCAGGCGUCGAAGAGUUCAAGGACACCAUCAAGAGGGAGGCUGGAGAUGCUGUCAUUAGGGUGGGACAUGGGGAGACUGUCACUGUGAGGGUGCCCACUCAUGAGGACGGUGCCUUCCUCUUUUGGGAAUUUGCUACUGAUGGGUAUGACAUAGGAUUUGGGGUUUAUUUUGAGUGGUCCAAGCCUGAAACCAAUCAGGUGUCUGUGCACAUUAGCGAGUCAGAGGAUGAAGAUGAUGAGGAUGAUUAUGCUGGCGAGGACCUGGAGACCGGAGUCAAUGGAGAGUGCAAUCCUGAGGAGAAACCUAGCUCACCGCAGAUCAGUGUUAUUGUGCCAGUUUAUCGACGAGACUCACAAGAAGAAGUUUAUGCAGGUAGCCACCAGUAUCCAGGUGAAGGUGUUUACCUACUAAAAUUCGAUAAUUCAUACUCUCUAUGGCGAAGUAAAACUCUGUACUACCGAGUUUACUACACACGACCUGGUUUCACGGAUAAUCCGUCUUAACCCAUUGACUGAUGUGUCUGCCGACAUUAACCCCUGGCCAGAGACCAUAUUCACGCGUUUUAUCCUAGUCCGGCUGUUGAAGAGUCCCAAGAGAGAGAGAGAAAAACCCGAAAAAAAAUUAUAAGACACAAUUACGUGAGAAAUAGUUUAUUUAUUACAAGGACAACACUUAGAUAGGAGCAUCCGAUUUUAUUUGGAGGAACAAACUGCGAGUAUGCACAAUUUUUUCCCAUUUUUUGUCACUUUAAACGAUGUACGAUCUCAUCGAUGUGUGUUUAGUAUGUCUGUUAGCAUACAAAUUAAAAAAUAAACAGAAAAAUAUGUAACGUUGAUUAACUGUAAACAACACGUGGCACACGACCUCCACGUCAGUAGUAAAGCAUUGACAUGAUACUACUCCGGAGAAAUGUUGUAUUUUGUUAAAUUCCUAAUUAUGUCGUCACCCUAAUCGACACGCAAGUCAUUUGCAUUAUUCAGUGUCUAUUGAACGGCCCAGAAAAUACUGAAAAAAUUACUGCUGCCAUUGACAUCUGAAGUAAAUUAAAAAGUUAGACGAUUAAUCAAUCAAUUUUCUCAUUGUACAAUCCGAUAAAUUAUUCCAAAUGUAUUUUCUUAUUUUUUUUAUUGAGAAUCACGACUUUUGACUCUAGAAGAGACAUCCAAAUGUGUCGACUAUUUAUUUUUUGUUGAAUGAGAGAACUUGAAAGAACAUUUUCUAUUUCAAUUAUACUACAACUUGUCCGAUAAAUCCCAGACAGUACUAUUUAAUUAUCCAAUGAAUAAUUGUGAUCAGUCUUCAAUUUUUGCGAAUGAUUCCGACGUGUAAAAAAUCAAUUUUUUACCAAACUAUAAUUUUUUUUGCGGACCUGGCACUUUACCAUGAUCUUAUUUAUUUUGCAUUAAGUUCUCGCUUUACUACUGACUUAUCUCUGUAUAUUUUGUGGUGUUAUACGUAAAUUAUACUGUUUGUACUGCGAUAAUUGGCAACGAGCUCUCUCACCGAAUUAAAGCAGGUGGAAUUACCCAAAUCAGUGUCCAAGAUCGAGCUUGAAUUGAUAAUAAAAAUCCAUUCAAAAUCGAUGUCAAUAAAUACUGUGUGCCUCAAUAGAAUUCAAGGUAACCAAUGCAUUGAAUUAAUCCACAUAUUAUUUGUAACCAUCAACCAUUUGUCUUUAUUUCGUACGGCAAUAUAAUGCAGUUUAUGUAUAAUAAUCACAAUAAUGUUAAAUUACUAUAAA